AUGCUACAGGUAAUGUCAUCUACAGCUGUUGCCAUUGGCAUUUACCUGGGCACCACCAACUCCUGCGUUGGCGUGUUCCAAAACGAGAUGACGAAGAUCAUCGUCAACGAUCACGGCCAGCGAGUGACUCCAUCAAUGGUCGCUUUCACCGACACUGAGCUGUUGAUCGGCGAUGCGGCCAAGAAACAGGCGGCCCGAAACCCUGAGAACACCGUUUUUGGCGUCAAGCGCCUCAUCGGUCGAUGCUUUGAUGACCCAGUUGUGCAAGAAAACAUGAAACUCUGGCCUUUUGAGGUGGUAAACGAUGGCAAUGGAAAACCGGUGAUUCAGGUGAAGUUCAAGGGAGAGACUAAACGCUUCACCCCGGAAGAGAUUACCUCAAUGUUGUUGAGCAAAAUGAAGGAGACCGCUGAAGCGUAUCUGGGCACUACUGUCACUAAUGCUGUCAUCGGCGUGCCAGUUUUUUAUAGUAACGACCAGCGACAAGCAACCAAGGACGCUGCCUCCCUUGCCGGUCUCAAUGUGCUGCACAUCAUCAGCGAGCCGGCCCUUGCUGCUAUAGCCUACG